AUGAGGUACUUGGGGCGCUACAGGCUGAUUGUGCCCGCUGCGGUGGCUAAGCCGUCCCCGUCCAUCGGCCAGGCGUUGGGUCCCCUGGGAAUCAACAUGACGGACUUUUGCAAAAAAUUUAACGAGCGCACCCAAGCGAUACGGUCGAACGUCCCGAUUCAGGUCUUAAUAUAUACCAUAUCGAACUCCACCUACAAGUUCUCCCUCAGGACACCGGGGUCGCAGUGGUUCCUGCGCAGAAUCGCAAGGGUCCCCAUGGGGUCCCCGAAGCCCAAGCAUGAGAUUGUUGGUAAUGUCACGCUCAAAGAGGUGUACCACAUCGCGAAGUGCAAAAGCAUGGACCCUCCCCUCAUCGGAGUGCCGCUGUACGUCAUAUGCAAGCGCAUCAUCGGCACGGCGAACGCCAUGGGGAUCGCUGUCACCAGGGAGCUGUUGCCCGAGUUCCGCAAGCGUGAUUACACCAAGGUGUCGCAGCUCGACCAGAUGAGGAAGGACAUUAGGGCGCAAAAGCGUUCCCAGAAGCGUGGAAAGAGGUGA